AUUUUCUCUUUCUCGAACCGGCCUUCUCCCCAAAACCAGCCGGCAGCCACCCUUUGCCAAAGUCACUGGCCGUUGAGCUUCUUUCCAUGCCAAAGCCACUUCGAUCCUCUUCCCCUCAUGCACCUUCGGCUUUCUCUCUCUCUCCCUCAUCUCCUGGAUCAUCCUCCAUGCAGGCUCAGUUUUCUCCGGAUCCGUCGACGUCGGCGAGUUUUUCGAGCAACAGACAGCCAUUUCUCAAAAAGGAAGCCGGUGGUUUUAGUUUAGCAGCGGAGGAGGUCUUUUGUUGGGUGGUUCUGGUGUUGACGGCGGAGGAAAGGAAAAACUUUCUGUUGAAAGGGGGCUCGGUUUUUGUAUGUAUCCGAAGGUUGACGGAGGGCUUAUUUGCUGUGUCUGCUUCUGUUUAGGUAAAUCUUUGAACAGAGGAGUUUUUCUGGGAAUGGUGGUGAAGGGGACGAUGGGAGCCUGGUCUUGUGGGUGGGAUCCCUCCCAUCAGAUCUGGAUCCAUUUUUACCAGAAAACUCUGCCUUGGAUGUGUUGCCUUGUUGUUGAUUCCUCUAUUUGUUUCCAUUUAAUGUUUAAGGUUAUAUGUAUUUUCUUGAGAAAAUGAAUGAAAGAUCAUAUAUUUG